ACAAUUAUAAGUGAUCCUUGAACAGUGUGAUGGAAAAGAAGGCACCGAGUAGCGAAGGCGCCGAUUAUCGACGACCAAUGAAAUCUCGUGUAUGACGAACGUCUGAUGUUAUCGGAUGACAGUCUCGUAUCUCGCAAACACCGUGCACGUGACAUUGAUUCUCUGGAAAAAAGAAAUCGAAUAACGAAAAAAAGGAAAACAUCAAUAUAAGGACAAAGGGUUUUCAGCAAACGACACAGAGGACACAGUGAAAAAAGCGGGCAAAUUUAACGUGUUUACGCUACUGGCAUGCAACAAUCAAUCUAUAUAUGCGACGUCUCGUUCAUCUCUCAACUUAUUUGAGGAUACGUCGAUUCUUUACUUCUUAUUCAUCUCGAUUACUUGUCCUUUGUAAAUCUGCGGUUUAAAUAAGCGGUUUACUAAUUAAUUGAAACGAUACAACACAUGAAGCAGCUCCACGUUUGGAAGUUUGUAAAAGUUGUGCGCGUAUUUUCUCAUGUGUGAAGAAGAAUUGUGAUUAAGAAUAUAAACAUGACAACAGAUUCUGAAGUGCUCCCAGUCUUGGCUGCAGUAGGAACAAUAAUUGUUAUAGGAGUCGCAUUUAAAAUAUAUAAAUCUUGGAGUGAAAAAAGGAAAAAAUCUCCAAUACUACUGGUUGAUCCAGUAGUCAAGUAUAGUUUACCUUUAAUCCAAAAAGAUAUAAUAAGUCAUGAUACAAGAAGGUUUAGAUUCGGAUUACCAACACCGGAUCAUGUUCUGGGUCUACCUAUUGGUCAGCAUGUACAUUUAACAGCAAGAAUCGGAGAAGAGGUUGUGAUACGAUCAUACACACCUGUUUCAAGUGAUGAUGAUCAUGGCUAUGUGGAUCUUGUCAUCAAAGUAUAUUUUAAGAAUGUACAUCCAAAAUUCCCAGAAGGGGGAAAAUUGUCUCAAUAUUUGGAAAACAUGGAAAUAGGAGAUGCCAUUGAUUUUAGAGGUCCAUCUGGUAGACUGAUUUACAAAGGAAAUGGAAAGGUCUCCAUAAAACUUCUUAGGAAAGAACCACCUGUGGAAUAUAAUGUUAAAAAGAUUGUCAUGAUCGCUGGUGGUACAGGCAUUACACCGAUGUUACAGUUAAUCCGUGCGAUAAUAAAGGACCCUACAGACGAAACUCAAACUUCCUUGUUGUUUGCCAAUCAAACUGAGAAAGAUAUCCUGUUACAAGACGAAUUAGACGAUAUCGCCAAAAAAUACCCGAAUAAAUUGAAACUUUGGUACACAUUAGACACAAGUAGCGAAGGAUGGUCUUAUAGCACAGGAUAUAUUAGCGCUGAUAUGAUAGAGAAACAUAUGUUUCCACCAUCAUCAGAUACCAUUGUACUGAUGUGUGGUCCACCUCCGAUGAUCAAUUUUGCUUGCACUCCGAAUCUCGAUAAACUUGGUUAUGAUAGUAAAUUACGAUUCGCAUAUUAAUUGAUUUGUCAUGCAGAUCAUUGUAGAAAACUUACAUCUGGCAAAGAUUUGCUUUGCUUUUAGUACCUCAAUAAAGUCAGGGGUAAGUACGUUUGGCUGAAUGUAUAUAAUCCGCUUUACAUUAAUUAUGAUAGAUAUUGAAUGAUUUGAUGCCAAUCAAAGAUUUAUCUGCUAACUUUCCAUUAAAAUUUAUCUGUGAAGACAACUCAAACAGUAUUGCAUAACUAGUGUAACUAAGCGUUAAAAAUAUAUCAAAAUGUAACUAUGCUAUAUAAGGAGGGAAAAGAUGUCUCCUUAUAAUUUUAGAAAAAAAAAUAUCAAAAACUUUUUAUUUUUUUUUUUUUUAUUCACAAAAGUGGCAAACGAAAUCCGAUUUUAAAGAUACGAUUUUAAAACAGUGAAAAAUUAAAUUUAC